AUUAGCUCGGCCAGGUCUCGAGUGCGGCAUCAGCAUGAGGGACGAGGUGAAGAUGGACGCGAAUCGGCUGAUUGCCGAGGUCUACAAGCGGCCGGCUCUCUGGAACCAGAGGCACAUCUCCUAUCACAAUCGCGAAGUGACCAAUCGCGUCUGGAUGGAGAUCGCGGCGAUAUUCAACCUCCCCAAGCCGAUGCUGAAGGCGAAAUGGAAGGGUUUGCGCGACACGUUCCGCGCCGAGCUGAAGAAGGACCAGGUGUAUCGCAAGAGCAAGUUCCAUCGGAACAGACCGGUAUGGAUCCACUUCAAGAGCCUGCAGUUUCUGAAGGAGCAGAUGCUGCCGCGACCGCCAAUCUGGGAGCGCAGCGUCGCCAAGACCGAGGACGAGCUGCAGCCUUGCGAGAGCGAGGCCGAGAACGGCAUCCCGACAUCCGGCAUCGACGGCGGUCUCGACGAUCGGGACGCGAUCGCCGAUCAUCUGCUGUCGAUGGCCGGCGACGGUAACGUCGGUCAUCAUCAGCUGAAACUGGACAGCGAUCAUCACGGCAGGCGUGGCACGGUGGACGUGAAGCGGGAACCCGAGGAGAGCUUCGACAACUUGGAGUUUCAGAAUGUCGCCGACAAUCUUGCGGAAAAUGAGAUGAUGCUGCAGAACAUCUCGCCCGAACAGGUCCUCAUGAGCGACAGCGAUGGUGGCGUCGGCCUCGCCGGCGUCGAUCCCCUCGAAGGCAAUCGCUUCGAUGAUAACUAUUACUUCCUGAUGAGCCUGCUGCCGCACAUCAGGACCCUGCCGGCCGAUCGCAGGAUGCUACUCAGGAUACAGAUGCAGGAGCUCGUUUACAAGGAGGUCUACAAGAAGACCAUCGAGGGCGAGCAGACGGCAAAGACUUAACUGUUGCCGCGUAAAGUGAGGCGUAUUCGUAAGCUUUCCUUCGAGGAAUUUUAUUUUUUUCCAUACGAAAUCGAUUGCUAAAGAUGAACAAAAAAGAGAAAGAAUACAGUUAUUUCCUAUUGAUACUACGCGUCUAAUUAUAGAACUACAAAGGUUACUGCCUGGACAUAGAUAAAUCGGAAAAUAAUCACAUUAUAGGAUAAAGAAAGCGGGCUCUUUUCAUAUUUUUAUGUUAUUUGUAGAAGUUCUCUAUGCGAGUAUGCGCUCUCAUCUUUGGGACAGUUUGAAGAUUAAGAAAAGAAAAGAAAAAAAAAACGGAAAAUUCUUUCCGUUCUUUUCCAAAGAAAAAGCUUUCGCCAACACAAUAUAAUAGUACCUGCACCUACCUGCCUGCGUGUGGUGGUACGGGUCACGGUUCCCUUAGGUAGGUCACCAACACGGUCGCACCAGUGUUAACACAUUGGACUCGCGUCACAGACACGGUUGAGCGACACUGGUGCUUUCUCGUACCUGCGAGUACGACCGUGACGCACACACCUGUGCGGUACCUCUGAUGCAGUGUCGGGUAUCCGUACACACGUACACACCCACACACUUAUACCGCUUGCACUGGCAUUUCGCAGAGCCGGACGACCAGCGCAUGCGUACCCACUGUGACUCCAAUCGGGACCGCGUUUCCUUCGCUUUCGCGUUGCGGCUCUGCCCAUCUACCUACCUAUCAACCUACCUACGUUCAGUUCGUCGCCGCCGAUCGUCGCACCGUUAUCCCGAACGCGCGCGUUUCUCGUUCACCACCUGCCUGCUUCUUAGUUCCUCUCCUUUUUCUCCUUCUCUCUCCCUCUUUGUCUCUUUUUUUUCCUUCUAUCAAUAGCGUCACGUUGUUGUGUAGCGUCGCGUGGUAGGUCUCUAUCGUGCCAGCACAGGUGAUAGUGGUUUGUGAUAUACGGGAUACGUCGCCGUUAUUGUGCUGCUACAACGCAGGAUCGACGUAAGGUGAGUCAAUUUACAGGAAUUUCACUCGACCUCCGUGCCGGUUUCGAUGUGUCCUAGAAUGAUCCUUCGCUGGACCUGCAAUGGAGAAUUCUUUGGUCAAUUUGGUCCUUUCUCAAGGCAAAAUAUCAAUUUUUCCGUCUUUGACCAGUAAACAUUUUUCAAACUAAGUUUCAAAACAGAAUUUUAUCGCAGAUAAAAUUUUAUAAAACUGUUCGCAAAGGAACAUCCUUCUUUUGAUCGCGAUUCACUCCUACUUUUGAUCAGGAGAUAGAUGUUUGAAUACUUUUACUAAUGAAAAAUCGGCUUCAGAUUAACCAAAGAAUGUGCCAUUGAUGUGAUAAAUAUUGUACAUCUAAAUUUGACGAAAGAGAGAGACAGACACUCGUUUUACCUUUUUGUUGAUGUCGCGCGAAUGUGCAAACGGAUGUGAGUGAGAUAUUUAAUGUCGCUAACACUGUAAAUUCUAUUGUACAGAUCUUGGAUCACUUUCAUAACAUUUCUUUGUGUAAUAUGUAACCUUAGAGAGGGUUAUUAAUUUCGACGUAUAUGCAAUAUGAUGAGCGUGUCCAGUUUGGAAAUAGAGCGUGCUCGUUCGAUCUAGUCUAGCGUUUCAUAUCCUUCAACUCUGUAUUCGUCUCACACGAAUACACCGAUUGCGAAAUCGCCUGAAAAAAAGGCAAAAAAAAAAUAUUUAAAAAAAAAACAUACAUAAUAUUUUAUUCAAAUAAAAAGAAAGAAUCUUUUAUUAUAUUAUUAUAUUCUUUUUCCACAUGUUAUCACAGAGAUAAAGUAAUUCAAUAUUAGAAAGUAUAUUUGAUCAGAAACAAAAGCCACCUUUGAUAAGAAAUGUAACAAGUAGGGAAAACAAAGUUCAAGUUCACAACGAAUAAUAUGAAAAGCAAAUCGUAUAUAACAUCAAAAUAAAUAUUGUGAGAGAAUAAUCGGCUCCGGAUGAUGUUUAAUCAGCUCGUUGAUGAGCGAUUUGGUCCAUAGGGCUGCACGGAUGCUGGAUAUUCGUGUUGCCGUUGGAACAAAGAUGAGAUAUCGGAAAUUCUCGCGCGCAUGUUAAAUAUAUACGUUUCUCCCAGUCUACUCUAAAUAGGCGGACAGGAAUUCUCGACUCUCUGCCGAUUCGAAACGCGUCUACGCAUUCCGUUCCGAGUGACAAGUGCCUGGAGACCGAAACGCUGGUCCUCUCCCGGCGCGCGCGCGCGCUUGGUAAACAGCUCGUAUAAUAAACGCCAAGCGAGAUUACACUAUUGUAGGCCGAUUUCGUCGCGUAUCGUUUGACAAUUAAGCAAAAAAAAAAUGUGAACUCGACGCGAAUCAGGUAAUAUAUGACUCUUGUGCGAGAGUAUUAAAAAUAAGUAUAUAGUGACUUACCAACAAGCUGCAAUGCCUCAACUUUGAUAAUUUUAUCAUAGUUUUCUUUUUUUCGAGAACGUACAUGUAUAUGUACUUAUAUAAGCAACAAUUGCCUUCUCUUUUUCCACUUGUUUUUCUUUGCGUCACCAAUGCUCAAACGUUGAGAUGUGAAAAUGAGUGUGUGUCAAGUGCAAUAGCUUCAAGCAUAAACAUAGAAACGUUGUAUCGCACAUCAAUGACUGUUUUUUUUUUCAAUAUUUGAUAUCUUUGCAUUAGUUAUUGAUUUGCGAAGCAAGUGCUGUAAAUAUAAAGUUAGUAUUUAAGCUAUGUACUUAAGGAGCGAAUGUGUACAGUAUACGCAGUUAUCGGUUUCUAGUCAGUAACUCGGGAUAUUUACGUGGAAGUAUAAAUGUAUGAUAGACUAUAUCGUAGAGUGCGCCGUGCAUUAUGUACGAAUCUCUCCUUGAUUUAUUUUCGAUUUCCAAAUCAUUGUAACGCGAGUAUUCACCAUUAAUCCUCUCUCGCCGAACGAAUAACCUUGAAUGAUUUUACUUUGAAUAAUACUUUUAUAAAUGACUGCGCGAUAUUUAAUCUUUCAUCUUUGCUUUUUGUCCGAUUAUCCUCGUUAUCCUCCUUCUCCUUGAGCGUCAACGUCCUCGAUUAGGAACACUGUUCUCGUCCGAUCGAUCUUUAUUAAUAUAGUUUCGUACUUUAUCGCCUUGAGUAUAUCAAGUAUUUUAUAUCUGAAAUCUUUAUUUUUUAAGAAACACGAAAAUCACAUGCAAUGGUAUUACAAUUAUAUAAAAAUGUUUUCUUACCAUUAUACCAUGUAAAGAUAUAAAAGAUGUUAAGCACAAAA